AUGAAAACCACAAUCGAGACAAGGGUUAAUCAAGCAAGUAACCGUGCUGGUCUUACUCGGCCAUACUCCUUGAACAAAAUCAUUGGCAGUGAUUACACGUCGAUAACGCGCUGACCCGUAAGUUACGAGUACGCCGUGUCGAUAGUUGGAGCACAUUGGAGCACACCGUCUCAUAAUUUGUGACGAUACGGGCUCGAAUUCGGAUGAGGCUUUCAACCGACUCAUCAUCGGCGCUAAUUUACUUUGACAUUAUUGGCUUGAGAGUGGAAAUAGUGGGCAAUACCCAGGAGAGUAUCUCUUAGAUAAGAUUUCAGAAGGUUGAGAUGAAAGAGAGAAAAAACGUCGACAGUAUGGGGCGGAUAUAAAGUCCCUCUUUCCCCCCGUCUCUUGAUCAUGGACUAGUCAACUCAAACACAUUUCGGUGGGAGACUUCGUUAGUCGACAGACAUUUGCACAAUAGAAGUUGUGUUUCUCGCAAGCUACAAUGUCUUCCGCGACGACGACGGGUGCAGUGCAUGGAGGCGACUCGCAAUAUAUCAGUGCGGAACCAUAUAUCAGCAUAACGGCCUACGGAAUCAUGGUAGCCAACACCAAAACGACCAAGGACGAACAGUUGGAAAUGCGCGAAGCCGAGCUACAGAAGUGGCUUUCUUCGCCAGACCAACCCUACACUACUCUCCGGAAUAAGAAGCCUCGCAGAGAUAAGAAAUGAUGUGCUCGACAACACAGACGAGAGGGUAGGCAGAGAACGACACAUCGAACAAUCAACUUGUUUCUGAAGUCGAACAAUCGUGAAAUGUCAGCACAGCGUUGCCGGCAUAAAUUCAAUUCUAUAUGACGCUGCUUAGCAGCACAAGUUCGACUUUGGAUCUUUUCGAUUCUCGGGAAUGUGUGUGGCGAGAUACUGUCCAGCCCAAUCCGAUAUAAAUAUGGAUGAAGCGAGCACAACGCCAACAGCACAACGCCAACAAUAUCUUUAAUAUUUUGGGGGAGGCUUUUUAUGCCUCAGAUAGAAG